AGUUCCAAACCAAAGCAAAAGUAAUCAAACUGCAAAAUAUGAAAACAAAUUGUUGAUUGGCGGUGAAGGCGGUUGGAAAUAUUUGUUCAUUUACAAUAGGGUUUAAAUAUUAUAUAUUAUCUAUUUAGGAAAAUCAGAGAACUAGAAUCAAAAUGCCCAGUGAAAUGAUAACGCUCCAACUUGGCCAGUGCGGCAAUCAAAUUGGCUUCGAGUUUUGGAAGCAACUAUGCAUAGAACAUGGGAUAUCUCCGGAGGGUAUCCUGGAGGAGUUCGCGUCCGCUGGUUCUGAUAGGAAGGACGUGUUUUUCUACCAAGCGGACGAUGAUCACUACAUCCCGCGCGCUGUCUUGUUGGACUUGGAACCUCGUGUUAUUCAUACUAUAAUGAAUUCCCCGUAUGCUAAGCUGUAUAACCCUGAAAAUGUAUACUUAUCAAAGCAUGGCGGUGGAGCAGGUAACAACUGGGCUUCAGGGUUCGCUCAAGGGGAGAAACUGAAUGAGGAGGUGUUUGAUAUCAUCAACAGGGAAGCUGAUGGCAGUGAUAAUUUGGAAGGCUUUGUGCUGUGUCACUCAAUAGCCGGAGGCACUGGCUCCGGCAUGGGUUCUUACAUACUGGAGCACCUCUCAGACAGGUUCCCCAAGAAGCUGGUGCAAACUUACAGUGUGUUCCCUAACCUGGACGAAAUAAGUGACGUGGUGGUCCAGCCCUACAACUCGCUUCUCACCCUGAAGCGGCUCACAGAGAGCGCCGACUGCGUCAUGGUGCUGGAUAACACUGCUUUGAACAGGAUCGCCAGCGACCGGCUACAUAUACAGAAUCCUUCGUUCGCGCAAAUCAAUACCCUUGUCUCGACUAUUAUGAGUGCCAGCACUGCUACACUAAGGUACCCAUCGUACAUGAACAAUGACCUAAUAAGCCUGGUGGCGCCUCUCAUCCCCACUCCUCGGCUACACUUCCUGAUGACAGGGUACACGCCGCUCACGGCCGACCAUGAACUUAAUACAGCGCCGAAGAUCCGAAAAACGACAGUAUUGGACGUGAUGCAAAGGUUACUGCAGCCAAAGAACAUGAUGGUGUCCCUCAGCCCGGACAGGACCAAUCAGCACUGUUACAUAUCUAUACUCAACAUUAUACAGGGUGAAGUAGACCCGUCGCAGGUUCACAAGUCGCUGCAGCGGAUCCGCGAGCGGAAGCUGGCGUCGUUCAUCCCGUGGGGGCCCGCCUCCAUCCAGGUGGCUCUGUCGCGCCGCUCGCCCUACGUGCACGCCUCCCACAAGGUCUCCGGCCUGCUGCUGGCCAACCACACCAAUAUUUCAUCGCUGUUCGACCGCUGCCUGCAGCAGUACGACAAGCUGCGCAAGCGCGAGGCGUUCCUGGAGCAGUUCCGCAAGGAGCCGAUGUUCAAGGAGUCGCUGGAGGAGUUCGACGAGUCCCGCGGCGUGGUGGACGACCUGGUGCAGGAGUACCAGGCCGCCGCCACGCCCGACUACGUGCACUGGAGCCCGGAGAGCAGCCAAAUAUAACAAACGGUAAACGGAACAACGGAAUAACGUUUAUAACUUCAGCACGAGAUGAACAGGGCCGGGUGCCCGGAAAAUGGAGGAUGUAAACUCACUCGUUAUUAAUUUAUGUGUAGACAAGUGCCAUUUUAAUUUGUUAUCAUUAUCAUGCGAUAACAUUGUUAAUGCUCGAAUAUAUUACUAAAAACGUAAUAAAACAGUAAUUUUUC